GAAUCCAGACCUCCACCUCCAAAACCGCCGCCAGGAUGUUGUGUCCCAGUGUCUUCCAGCCAUCUCCCCUCACCGCGGGGCCUUUCCUGGACCUGCACUGGCCCGUCCGCAGCCUGUGGCCCGAGACCCGGCCGCUCUUCUAUCACAUCGAGCAGGAGAUGAUCCGCCACAUACAGGAGAUGAGGCAGAACAUGGAGUACAUGGAGAGACUGCACCAGAAGAUCUUCGACGAGAUCGACCAGGCCUCCUCCUUCACGGGUGUCUUCAAGCCCAUUGCCUUCCAGGAGCUGGGGAAGGACAGUGGCAACUUUGCCCUUAGCCUGGACACUAAGGAGUUCUCCCCGGAGGAGCUGUCAGUGAAACAGGUGGGCCGGAAGCUGAGGGUGAGCGGCCGGUCAGAAAAGAAGCAGGAGGACGGGAAGGGCUCCUACUCCUACAGGUGUCAGGAGUUCAGGCAGGAGUUUGACCUGCCUGACGGUGUCGACCCUGAGGUCGUCACCUGCUCGCUGGUGGACGGCCGGCUGCAGAUCCAGGCCCCAAGGGAUAGAGCGGUGAGUGAUGGAAAGGAGAGGGUCGUCCCCAUCAGCGUCACUUCGGCCCCAGCCAUCACCUCCUCUUCCAGUGGGGGGCCGGAGGGGAGCAGCACCUCCUCUUCAGAGGGCAGCCCCCCAGAGAAAAACUGAAACCACAAAGAGUGAAAACCAUCUCGCCAAUUCACCUAUCUUUCUAGUUUAAGUGUGGUUAUCUGUCAGAUGGAGGGAACACAAAGCGGAUUUUCUUCACUUGCACUUUAAUUUUUAACAACUAAUGUUCAAAAUAAACUUGUCAUGUGA